AAAUUCAAACUGAUUUCAAUUUGUAACGGAUCGUCACAGAAUAUUUUAGUUGUAUUCAGAUCAGAUUGUAAUUAAGAGAUAUUAUUACUUAUUAGUAUUUCAUAUACUAAGGAUUAAAAAAUGUCCAGUUUCUCAGGAAAUCUUGUUCCAAAAAAACAGAAAUUAGCCCCUGUACAAGUAUAUCUACGAGUACGACCAAAACAUAAUGGAGAUGGUGCUCCCGCUAUUUUCUGUUGUACACCUAAGGAAAUUCAUAUGAAAGGACACCUAAAAGGUUACUCAUUUGAUCAGAUUUUUGAUGAGAAAACUUCCCAGCUAAAGGUUUACAAAACAGUAGUUGAUAAGAUGAUAUCAGAUGUUAGUAAAGGCUACAAUUGUACUAUUUUUGCUUAUGGACAAACUGGAACUGGUAAAACAUACACAGUAAUUGGAGAUGAUUGUGUGAGAGAGGUUGAUGAGACUUUUAAUUGGCAACAGGAAUCAAAUGCUGGUAUAAUUUUGAGGGCAGCUAUGCACUUAUAUGAGGAGUUGGACAAAUUGGAUCCAUGCAUACAACGCACAGUGACAGUUUCAUUUAUGGAGAUCUAUAAUGAAGAAAUUCGUGAUUUACUUUGCGACAAAGAAUUAGUACCUUUAAGAAUAUAUGAGGAUAAGAUGAAAUCUGUACACGUCAAAAAUUUGCAAGAAGUGACUGUUUUGAAUCCAUGGGAUAUAAUAAGUCUUCUAAAGAGGGGAUGUGAAAGAAGACAAGUAGCAUCAACUCUAAUGAACAAUCACAGCUCUAGGUCACACACUGUAUUUAGAAUAUCCGUUAGUACAAUGCAAACAGUUUCGAUUGCAGAAAAUAUAACCAGUAUCACUUGUGGAAAACUGAAUUUAAUCGAUUUAGCUGGAAGUGAAAACAUAGCAAAAUCAGGUUCGAAGGAGCAGAGAGCUAGAGAGGCUACAAAUAUUAAUCAGUCACUUCUUACAUUGGGGCGUGUUAUAAAAGCAUUAGUUGAGAAUUCAUCUCAUGUUCCAUAUAGAGAGUCCAAACUGACUAGGAUCCUACAAGACAGUUUAGGCGGAAAAGCCAAGACUUCUAUAAUUGCAACAAUUUCACCUGGAAUGGCUUCUUUAGAUGAAACAAUGAAUACUCUAGAAUAUGCUCAUAACGCUAGAAAUAUUACAAACUGUCCCACAAUCAACUUAAGGACAUCUGUUACAGCAGCUGCUGUGCAGGAAGAAUUGCUAAGAUUGAAAAGAGAUUUGUUUGCUACAGCCAACGAACAAGGAGUUUACAUGGACAAGGAGAAUUACGAUGAAAUGACUCAAAGUUUGACGCAGUUCAAAAAGGAAAUAGCUCUCAAGCACGAAAACAUCAGGAUAUUAACAGAGCAAGUGGAAGAUUUGGAGGCUCAAAGACUCGAAUGGGAAGGUUUGAAAGAGUCUUUCAAAAAAACCAGUCAAGCCUAUCAUUUGAUGAAAUCGGAAAUACAGAAAAAAGAAGAGGAAAUGUUGAGAGACAGUAAAUUGCUGGAGUAUUAUAAAACGGAGUCGACGAAACUUCAAGAAUUCGCAGAUUUGAUGUUGACUAGGGAGAACCACCUCCAUAAAAGGCUCGACCACGUUUAUGCAUCUUCGAGCCAAAACCAAAACGUAAUAGAAAAUAUAAUUGAAAUGGUAGAAAAAACUAUAGAUGAUCUCUUUCUUCCUGAAAAUUCUCACAGUUUCUCCAAGAAUAUUUCUGCCCUUGUGACAUUCAACGAAAAGGUGUGCCAUAUGCUGAAUAACGUAACGAAUCAAUUGGAGGAAAAGUCUCGUAACAUCAAGAGUAGCGCUGGAGACAAUGAAGACGUGAACAAUGAUUAUAAUAGGACCAUAUUGGGGGACGUUUACGAAUCUACUGAAUAUUUGGGAACUAAAUUCCAGACAUUUACAGAAACGUGUAGCACCAAAAUCUUGGAACUUCAGGAUUGGAUUGAGUCGAACAAUAAAUUUAUUUCGCAGCUCGAGCAAACCCGCCAAGAGCAACAAGAGAGAAAGUCUCAAAUCAAGACGUUGUUGAAUAACGAUAACAAAAACUAUGAGGUACUUGCGGGAAAUUUAAAUGAUAUGGUAUCAAAACAACAGACCACUAUGUUAGAUUAUUUCGACGAAAGACAGAAAUCAAUCGAGAAGGAACUAGUGAGAAUCAAGGAAAUUAAAGAAAUGGUCAGAAACAACGAGUUACAGAAUGCGAUAGCAGAAUAUGGAAAAAAACGAAAAAUUAUUUUCGAUAAAAUCUCGAAUUUACACCACUUGGAAGAAGAUGCUUAUAAGAGAGUUGAUGACAUCACUAAACAUGCCCUUCAAAGAAUAGAAAAUAACUAUUCAAAUGUGGACGACAUGAAAAAUUCUCUUCUAUAUAUUCGCAGCGAAGUGUCAAAGGUUUUAGAUCAUAUCCUGACCGAUUAUCGACAUCAAAAUUCAGAGAUGGCAAGUGUCCUGAAACAAAUUUCUCAUAUCCUCAAUAUUGAAGGUAACACACACAUCGAAAUGGUAAAUGAAUCUCUGUGUAGUGCGGGAAAGGAAUUGAAAGAAAAUGUGAAAAUGGUCUAUGCAACAUCCGUUGUUCCUAUUGCUCAGACUGGUGACACCCCAAAGCCAAUGGAAGGGAUACAAAAUGUACCUCGUACUGGUAGAAAUUCGAUGGUCAAGAAUCUUUUUGCUGAUAAGAUUUCGGAGGACUAUUCUGGGUCGCAAUAAUCUAAUCAAAUAGUAAUUAGGAAGAAGCUUCUCUGAAAAUGGCUGUGCAAUUUUUGUAAUCAUGAAAAAAUGACUACACGAUUUUCUUAGAUAUAGGAAUUUUUACUUUUUUACAAGUAUUAAGGAAAAAUUGUAUUUGUUUGGGACCAACAAUUAAGAAUUGAUCUUGUAUACUGUCUUAGAGUUAUAAUUGAUUUAACAUUGUAUUACAUAUUUAUUUUUGAUUCUUGCAAUUUAAAAGUAUUUUUACGUCCUAAAUUUUUAUUGGCACUUAUGACAUAAUUAUACUUCUCUUAUGAGAGUUUAUUACUGGUAUUUUUAUGGGUAUUAAUAAAGACGAAAUUAAUUUAA